GAGAGCCCUGCAGAGGGAAUGGCAACAGCCUGCUGGGAGCAAUGUGGACUGCCAGCUGCCGAUCUCGCUGUUGACAGUAAAAGCAGAUAUGUUCCUUGCUCACUGCCACUAGUACUGACCAUGACCCUUCACACCAAAACCUCUGGAGUUACCCUGCUGCACCAGAUUCAAGGCACUGAACUGGAGACACUGAGCAGACCUCAGCUGAAGAUUCCCCUGGAAAGAUCGCUCAGCGACAUGUACGUGGAGACCAACAAGACAGGAGUUUUUAACUAUCCAGAAGGAGCCACCUAUGAUUUUGGUACUACGGCUCCGGUGUACAGCUCUACUACGCUCAGUUAUGCCCCUACUUCUGAAUCUUUUGGGUCCAGCAGUCUGGCCGGAUUUCACUCGCUGAACAGUGUCCCACCAAGCCCGGUGGUGUUCUUGCAAACGGCACCCCAGCUGUCGCCCUUCAUCCAUCAUCACAGCCAACAGGUACCCUAUUACCUUGAAAAYGAUCAGGGCAGCUUUGGGAUGAGGGAAGCUGCUCCUCCAGCCUUCUACAGACCAAGCUCUGAUAACAGGCGCCACAGCAUCCGGGAGAGGAUGUCCAGUACCAACGASAAAGGGAGCCUGUCCAUGGAAUCCACCAAGGAAACUCGGUACUGUGCUGUCUGCAACGACUACGCCUCAGGAUACCACUAUGGGGUCUGGUCUUGUGAGGGCUGCAAAGCCUUUUUCAAAAGGAGUAUUCAAGGGCACAACGACUACAUGUGUCCUGCUACUAACCAGUGCACCAUUGACAAGAAYAGAAGGAAGAGUUGCCAGGCCUGCCGACUGAGAAAAUGCUACGAAGUGGGAAUGAUGAAAGGUGGAAUCCGGAAAGACCGCAGAGGUGGGCGAGUGAUGAAACAAAAACGCCAAAGAGAGGAGCAGGAUUCCAGGAAUGGGGAGGCUUCUUCAACAGAGCUGCGAGCUCCCACCCUUUGGACAAGUCCACUGGUGGUUAAACACAACAAGAAGAACAGCCCAGCCCUGUCCCURACGGCAGAACAGAUGGUCAGUGCCUUGCUGGAAGCUGAGCCACCCCUAGUUUAUUCUGAGUAUGACCCAAACAGACCGUUCAACGAAGCCUCUAUGAUGACCCUGUUGACCAACCUUGCAGACAGAGAAUUAGUGCACAUGAUCAACUGGGCAAAGAGAGUUCCAGGAUUUGUGGAUUUAACACUCCAUGAUCAGGUCCAUCUACUGGAAUGUGCCUGGUUAGAGAUACUGAUGAUCGGCUUAGUCUGGCGCUCCAUGGAACACCCAGGAAAGCUUUUGUUUGCACCUAACCUGUUACUGGACAGGAACCAAGGGAAGUGUGUCGAGGGCAUGGUGGAAAUCUUUGACAUGCUUCUGGCUACUGCUGCUCGGUUUCGCAUGAUGAACCUUCAAGGGGAGGAAUUUGUGUGCCUUAAGUCUAUCAUCCUGCUCAAUUCUGGUGUGUACACUUUUCUUUCCAGCACCUUGAAAUCUCUGGAAGAGAAAGACUAUAUUCACCGUGUCCUGGACAAAAUCACAGACACUCUGAUUCACUUAAUGGCUAAGUCAGGACUUUCUCUGCAGCAGCAACACAGACGACUGGCUCAGCUCCUCCUCAUCCUCUCUCACAUCAGGCACAUGAGCAACAAAGGAAUGGAGCACCUGUACAAUAUGAAGUGUAAGAACGUAGUUCCGCUCUACGAUCUCYUGCUGGAGAUGCUGGACGCUCACCGGCUGCACGCCCCGGCAGCCAGGAGUGCUGCACCCGUGGAAGAGGAGAACCGRAGCCAGCUGACAACUGCACCCGCUUCAUCUCAUUCCUUGCAGUCUUUUUACGUGAACAGCAAAGAAGAGGAAUAUGCAGAAUACAAUAUAAACAGAAGUCAGCGUAGAUGAUGGUAUGAGAAACCCAGCAGUGUACUACCUAGCUCAUGCUUCAUUUCAUCUAUAGUGCCACCUUUGGAAACACUCCAAUGACAACAGAUACCUGCAUUUUCCAUUUGAGUGUUUGUCAACCGCUUGCCUAAAUUGAUUGCUUAUCCUGAAUGGAAGACAUUUCAUUGCCGUGGACAGCCAGCAAGGAUUGUCAGGCUAACUUGAGUCAAAAUUUGCAGUGUUUUUAUUUAAUUUUGCAUGUAAUUUGGGUAACAAAUUCCUAAUCUAAAGCAUACAUUCAUUUUACUACAAAUUGAUAKGCCAUACCACCCAUGCAUAUUGGUAUCUUCAUGAGUGGUAGUCUUUGUUAAUAUUCACCCAAAAUCCUGAGCUCACCUAAUCCUUUACGUGCUUGAAACUUUGAAGCAGUUUGGUAGAGAUUCUGGAUGACUUCUUGGGCAGUGAAAAUAGAAAACUGACUGACACAUUAGUGUGCCAUGAUGAAACUGCGUUGUGAGGAACUGCCUUGGUAGUUUAGUUAGGCUCCUGCCUUUUCCUAUAGCAUAAAGGAACUGCUGUCUGAGACUAAUACUGUUUUACCUCGUUGGCUUACAUCACCACACAACACCUUCUCAAGCUCAUUCUGACCAAACUUUUAGGUACCCUUGCCAUAUCCUCUAGAUGGACUGCUUUGCAUGCAUCCUAUCCUGUCUGAUCCUAGAAAGCUAAAUUGCUCUGUUGCCCAACAGUGUAAAUCCAGGGCAACACAACAAACAAUGAUAAYAUAUGGAAUUAUUCUUGAAUCAGACCAGAUGAUUACAAAAAUCAUCAGGUCUUAAGAAAGGGUCUUCACACACAUACAGGAUCCAGCACUAUUUACAAAAAAAAACAAACCAAAAACAAACAAAAACCUCCCCCCGUCCUGUGCUUUGUUGUUUUACCAAGCAAGGGGUGCGAAUGCCAGAAUGAGUCUGGCACAGAAGGGUGGGAUGGUCUCAACCCCCUCAGCAGAGCAUCUAGCUGUGUGUGGGAGGGCUGGCAUCACAGUCAGAGCAGGUUUGCAAGGUUUUUCCUCGCCUUGGCUUUCUUUGGCUCUCGUUGUGGCAUGUUUCAAAAUCGCUGCYAAGAGCCAGCCCACCUGUGACACCAAAACUGGGCAAUGAGCCUCAGACAUGGUGUAGACUCUGGGAUUGCAUGCUGAGAAAGAUAAAUCUACUGCAUGGAUGUCUGUAACUCCUAAGGAUAUUCAUAAGAAUCAGUUUGAUUCUUUAGACCAACUGUAAAURUACAAAAGGUCCACUGACAUCAAGGUUUUCAACAAGACAUGAAAGAGACUGAAGAAAUGCGCAUGAUGCGCUAUCCAAAGUAGGAGCUGGUGCUGCUGUUCGACUGCCUCUAUGCUAGAAAAUUAAACAUGUCAGGGAAAUUUGCUGGGUACUGGAACGAGAUUAUUACAUAUGCCAGGGAUAUUUUACUAAUCUAAUGAUAAACUUUGCCUGUUCUAUCUGCACUUCUGGUUGACAAGUGCAGAUUUGGGAGUUAGCAAGGACCAGGGACUAUUCCAAUAGCUGGUUGGAAGCAACCACCCUAUGCCAGUGAGGAUGUUUCCUAGCAUGUGUGUAGGCUGCUCCACUGCAGUUGGCCACAGUGCUAGAGAAAGGGUUCAGGGAUGCUCCUUUUUCUAUGGUUGAAACCUUUAUGUUGAUUAGAAUAUCCUGUAGAAACUAAAUAUAGGAAACAGUGCAAGUAAUGCCAUACAGGAGUGCCUAUGUCGAAUUACGCUCCCUGUCACACAGCCAGAGUCUGUGUGCAGUGAGAUCAAGUUUCACAGCAAUUGUGAAGGCAGCAAGGCAUAGGACAGACUUGUGCUUCAAGUCAAGAAUUCAAUUCUUUAGUGAAUGUACAUAAUGAUGUCUAUAAUAGUUUCAUGUACAUAUCUAAGGAUAUGAGCAGUUUGAAAGUCUAAAGCUAGAUGCUACCUACCUGUUUGAGAAGAUGCCUCGAAAACUGUGCAAACCUAAACAUGUGAAGCAGUCACCGUAAGCUCAUAGGCCUUUUCUUGAUGCAUAUUAUAGUGUCAUUUUUUUCUGAAUGUGCUGAAGAUUUUGUCUUUUUGUGUAUUCAGUAAAAGCAUGUGUGUGUGUUUGUAUGUGUGUGUGUGUGCACGCGCUGAUUUGGUACCURAGGGCUUUUUGAAGGCUCCUAAAUGCCAUGAAAGAAAAUGGACAUUUUGGAUUUUUUUAGUAGCUGGUUUUCAGACGCGUUAGAAAAAACAAGACUUCCCUGGAAUAAGUGCAGGCUAAGAUCUGAAUGGAGCACAGGAAUCCCUGUAGUUAAAUUCAUGUGCUUACACCRUCACCAUUCGCUUGUAGCCCGGUGUGCAUUGGAGCUGCUCUUUAAACAGUGUACGUGCAACUAGGUGUUCUCUAGGAUGGAACACACAGAUCAAGCUCAUAAGCUGGAAGGCAAAUUGGUUUAAAUGAAUGCUUCCUACCCAGGACAGUUCAUUAUAUUGGGUCAAAUGUAAAUGUGACCUGGAGGAUAAAAGGUAGCUCAUGGAGAGCAAUUCAGGUUUGGAUGGUACUUACAUAGGGCAAGUACCUUUACACUCUUCUGGUUUUCCCAGUGAAGAUGGAAAAGCAYGGUUUGAAGUGGUAUGUGGCAGGCAGGAGGGUAUCAUAAUAUGUCUUGGAAUAUACAGAAUAAUGCCAGUCAGCUCAAAAUAAUUAUGAAUGCUUUCCUAGGCUCAGCCCUUGCAUGGAAGCAGUUUAGCUUCAACCAGUCCUCCCAUGUUUGUGGUGACAACAGUGAAGGCAACCUAGAAAGAAAAAAGAGUGAUUCCCAGUAAUACAUUAAUUUAUCUUGGGGCAGUUCAGGAUCCAUGUCAUUAACUUUUUAGUGAGAUUUUAAUUGAAGCAGCACCUUAAUGAAUAUAGUAACCUUCCCAGAGUUAUCUAUAAAGAUGSCCCCCAUAUUAGACAGCUGAAUGUAGAUAUUCAAUUGAUUAAAUAAAGUCUAUGAUACAAAAAUGGCAACCUUUUCAUAUAUAAUUCUGAAUUAUGCUCUCGUGUAUGCAAACAAUUGUGCCUGACAUUUGGUAAUUGUUAUUUCACAAGAUGCUAUUUUAUGUGUGUAUAUAUAUAUAUACAUAUAUACUUUAUAUUUGCAGCUGACAAACCAGUACUACCUGAAUACCUGGUGCUGGAUAUUAUUAAAUAAAAAUAUAUAGCAUGUAAAAAAAAAA